ACUUUGGCAUAAAUUGUUCAAAAUCAAAAAGCCCGACGUACAGUUACGCUACACGUCAACGGUCACCGUCUAAAUUACCAAACCACAAAGAACCGCGUGUACUUAAUGGUUGAGAUUUGACAAAGAGAAGGAAAGAGUUCUGCAGCUGCAGCUAUGGCGAUGGCGUCUCGCAAAGCCAUGCUUGCAGCUUCACCAUAUUCCAGGAUAAUUGAUAUUAAUUGCCAUGGAAUUCUGAUUUCGAGUACUAGAAUUAGGCGGUUCUCAUCAUCAUCAUCAUCAUCAUCGUCUGAGACAAUUGAUUAUCCUUCAUCUACGAAUCGGAAAAUCAAGAAGAAUAGUUUUAUUGAUCGAUUAUCUGCUGUAAUUGACGCUGCUAAUGAUCGUAAACUCCCUCCUGAACUUCGCGGCCAACGCAACAAUGUCAGAUCAGAAACUGAUAUAAUCAACGUUGUUGAGCAAAGAAUAUGGCAAUCCAUGGAGGAAGGCCAUUUCGAGAACCUAGCAGGCAAGGGAAAACCUUUGGAUCUUAAUACCAAUCCUCAUGCAGACCCUAGUGAAGACACACUGUAUCGAAUUCUUUCAAAGAAUGGGUGUGCACCAGAAUGGGUUGAACUCAACAAACAGAUAAGGAGUGAUGCUGCCGAAUGGCGCUCAGCCUUAAAGAAGGCAUGGGCGUACAACAUCAACGGGAAUAAUGCCAAAUGGACAGAGUGCUCAGAGGUUCUGAAGGUUCAAAUGAAUGCAAUCAAUAACAAGGUGUUUCGCUACAACUUAGUUGUACCAUUUGGUCGUCAGAUGUUUGGCAUCAAUUGGGAAAAGGAACUCGAACGCCUUAACGAAGUAUGACAUGCAGUGAUGCAGAACAAUAUCCCCCAACCUUUUGCCAGUUGACAUUUGAGAAUUGAGAUCGUUGUUUUAGGUAUUUGAUAGACUAUUUUUUUAUCACCUUAUAAAUAUCUUAGCAUACAAGAAAUGUUAAAUGUUAAACACCGGAGACCCAGCACGGUGUUACUGAAUCUGUUCUGUAUAAUUUAUGUUCCUUUCAGGCAAACUGUGAUUGAGUUUUGCAUUUU